UGAAAACGCUGAACCGGAUCCUGAACGGAUGCUCGUCUUUUGUUGCAGCAGAGAGCAGGAGAAGACCCGGUUUCUGUGAACUAUAUCAGCUGGAGCAGCUGGAUGGCAGCAUUCUGCAUCAGAACAUCUUCUGACAUGGACAACUUGUGCUCGCUCAGUCCCACCGAGGAAGUAGAAAACCCUUCAAUCAAACAUGAGUUCUGCAGUAGGGACGUUGAUGAAAUCAUCCAACCCAAGGGCUCGGGAUGUCGGACGGCGCUGCAUCGCUGUGCCACGGUGGGGAACAGUAGGACCAUGGCUGCUCUGAUAGAUGGAGGCUGUGCCCUGGACCUGCAGGACCAGGACGGAAACACUGCGCUCCAUGAAGCGUCUUGGCACGGUUUCUCUCAGUGCGUUAAACUGCUCAUCAGGGCCGGAGCCGGCGUUCACAUUAAGAACAAGGUAACAGUUUUAAAAGUGCAGCCCAGACAAAAGGACCAGAGGACAACUGGACAGGAAGAAAACCCAUGCAGGCAUGGAGAGAACACGCUAACUCCACACAGAUGAGUUCUUCUAAAUGUAGAUUAUUCCUACGUGGAAUUUCUGCUGGGAUUCCUUCCAGAAUCUGUCAUUUGGCAGAAGUUUCAGGUCCUCUAAACCAGUGAUUCACACAUUUUUCAGCCUCAAAACCACAAAAUAAUUAGUUUCAGAGACUUUGAUCUUGGCUCUUGUUGGCUGAAGAACAAGCAUCACUAAUAAACUAAAUUACAACACAAACAGCCUCGAUAAGAGGUAAACUUUUCUGCUUCUCUUUUAGUAAUUAUGGCAAAAAUAAUGCAAUUUGCAAUUUGUUUGAUUUAAUAAGAUUUUUGAAGACGAGGUGUUUGUUGACCCACAUUAACCUCAGCUUUGUAAAAACAGAAAUCUGCCUCAGAGUCCAGAAAAAAAACAGUUUGACUUUUCCUAACAGGAGCGACUUGUGAAGGUGUCACACUGCUCUGUUAAAAGGAUUUAUUUUAUAAAAGACAGGCUCUGCCUCCACCAGCAGCCUAUUUAAUUUCUACCUUAGAAAUGUUUGCGUGACUCGGAGCAUUAAACUCUGAAACCUGAUUGCAGUUUAAGUGGUUUCACGGUGAACUCUAAAUAAAAGCCGUCUGGUCAGAAGWAUAUCUGACACAGAGGUAAACAAGCUUCUAACAGAACAAACAAACAUUAUUUAUAUAAAUCCAACAAUCACCUCGAGGUUAACCGCCACAUCACUGUAAAAAUAAAUCCAACARUCUUGUUUCUUCCUGCAAAACUUCUCAAACUCAGCCUCGGCUCUCUUUGCACUUUCAGGUGGGAAACACAGCUCUUCACCUGGCGUGUCAGAACGGACACGCUCAGACGGCUCAGCUCCUGCUGAUGGCAGGGUCGAACCCCGACACCAAGAACAAGUUGGGCGACACCUGCGCACACCUGGCUGCUCGCUACAACAACCUGAGUCUGCUGAAGAUCCUGCUGAGGUCCACGUGCAGCGUGUCAGAGACAAACAAGGCAGGAGACACAGCUCUGCAUGUUGCUGCUGCUCUGAACCAUAAAAACAUUGUUCAGCUCCUUCUGGCAGCUGGAAACAACGGGAGAAUUCAAAACAAGGCAGGGCGAACCUCCAAGGCAGAAAAAACCUCCCCGGAUAAAACCAGAGCCAAGAGGAACMAACAGACGGCUCUUCUUCUCACUAAAUCUCCUCAGGUUUGUCACCUGAGAAGAACGAGGAAACACAGAGCCAGAGCGCUGCCAGCUAAACCGGUUUCAUGUCUGCAGGUCAGCUGCUCUCUGAAGGAGGGAACAACCAAACAAACUGAGCCCAGAUCAGCCAGCAGAGGUUUGACUGAAGAGGAUCUCACUAAAAGAAAGAAUCGCCUCCGACUGCAGAAUGUUUGUGAUGAAGAUGAGGGCAGGAAGGUCCUUCAGCUCUACACUCUGUACCGAGACAAGGAGGGCAAAGUUCGACAGGCUCCGGCCGGCAGCUGCCCCUGUGAGCCGCAGCUGAAGAAGCUGGAGCAUCAGCUGAAGGCCUCAGAGGAGGAGGUGAGGCUGCACAUCCUGAACGUCCAGCAGGAGGUCAGCAGGUGUCUGGACAGGGCGGAGCGCAGGACCCGGCAACAGCUCAGAGUGUUGGACCUCCUGACCCAGGAGACCAGGAGCAUGGUGCUGAGGAUGGAGCAGGAGGCUGCACGGGUCAGAGCCGAAGACCGGAGGGUUCAGGCUGCUGCGAGACACGAGCUGGAGACCUGGUGUCUGUCCCUGCUGGAGGACAGAGACCUCCAUGUCCCGGCUCAGACCCGACGCCACAAACUGCUGCUGGAGCCGUCUGCAGAACCGGACCCGUCAUCUGCAGAGCCCGACCCGUCAUCUGCAGACAGCAACACUUCCCUCCCCAACAACCUGAGAUCCAGAUGUGCAGUGAGGAUGAGGAGCAGGAAGUACUUUGAGAUGAAGGAGGACAGAAGUUCUGAUCAGAACCAGAACCCUGCAGGUCCUGCAGAGUGCCCCUCAGGCCUCCUGCAGAUCUCUGCUGCCCCCUCCUGGCAGCCUGCGGUGCUGCAGGACAGUCUGGGCUCUGCAGGGUGCGGGGAUGACCCCCUGUACCCCCAGCAGGAGCACAGGGGGGCAGCUGAAGGUAAAACUAACCGAGGGUACUUCAAAGAUCGACCAUCUGAGACCAAACUGAGCCAGGAGAGGAACCAGCAGCGAGCCGUGGAGGCGACGCAGCGUUUCUUUGACGUGGUGACGUCUCAGCUGGAACGCUGGUGCUGCAGGAGGAUCCUGGAGGUGGAGCAGCAGGCGGAGCUCAGGGCGCAGGAGGACAGGAAGGAGCUGCUACAGCGAAUCACAGAGCUGGAGGAGGAGCUUCAUAGAGCUGGAGGAGGAGCUUCAUAGAGCUGGAGGAGGAGCUUCACAGAGCUG